CGUCGUUUAACCCACCCCAAAAUACAAAACCCCACACAAUGAAAGCUUUCGCUAGUCUCGUCAUCGCCAGCGCUCUCAUCGCUUGCGCCGUGGCUACUAUCACGGAAGAUCAGCGUGAAGCCGCCCGACAGCUAGCGGGAAAGUGUAUGCAGCAAACGGGCGCUUCAGAGGAUGAAGUCAACCGAUUGCGGUCUGGUGACACCGAGAAUGCCGAUCGCAACACGCGUUGUUUCGUGCAGUGCUUCUUCCAGGGUGCAGGGUUUGUCGAUCAGGAUGGCAACGUGCAGACGCAGGAGUUGACCGAGAAGCUGGCCAGCGAGUACGGUCAGGAGAAGGCCGACGAGUUGGUGGCACGUUGUCGCAAUAAUGCCGGUCCGGAUGCGUGCGAACGUUCCUUCCGACUGCUCCAGUGUUACAUGGAGAACCGAGCCACUCUGAUGUUCUAGGGUGCCCUAUUUAACCCUUGAAGAUCAACCCACCCAUUCGCUGGGAAGGGCAAGAUCAUCCCCUAAAGCUGCUCACCCAAAACUUUGCUGAAAAUGAUCUACGACCGGUACACGAAAUAGCAUCUCAAUCGCAUCGAAAUAAAGCCUCCUUGUGCACCUCCGUCGAAAGGC